AUGGGGCAGUGGUCCUCUCUUGCCUUCAUUGCGCUCUUUGCCAAAACUGUCGUUUCUUGGCCAUACGAUGCGUCUUUGACCCAAUACAACCUGAACGAAAACCAAACGGCCACAGAUCCAGCAGACUACUGGGGAGAAUGGCCAGAUCACAGUGGUCAAUAUUUCCCUUCGCCGGAUAAUUGGCGAUUCCCAUUCUACACCAUCUUCUUGGAUCGCUUCGUCAACGGCGACCCCACAAACGAUAACAUAAACGGCACACUAUUCGAACAUGACUUGAAUUCCAAUCAGAUGCGUCACGGUGGUGAUGUGGCUGGUUUGGUUGAUACUUUGGAUUAUUUACAGGGAAUGGGCAUCAAGGGUCUUUAUCUCGCCGGAACCUCCUUAAUGAAUCAGCCCUGGGGAUUUGACGGAUACUCGGCCCUCGAUACAACUCUACUUGAUCAACAUUAUGGUACUAUUCAGGUUUGGCGCAAUGCCAUCACUGAAAUCCACAAGCGGGGGAUGUACGUCCUUUUCGACAACACAAUCGCUACAAUGGGUGAUUUGAUCGGCUUUGACGGAUAUAUGAAUACUACAGCGCCCUUUACCGUAAAGGAGCACCAAACAACCUGGAAGACUGACCGCCGAUACGUCGAUUUCGAUAUCGGUCAAACAUACAACCAAACCUGCGAUUACCCUCGGUUCUGGUUUGAGAACGGAUACCCUGUCAAUGAAUCUCAGAUUUCGGGCUUGGUCGGCUGUUAUGACAGCGACUUCGAUCAAUAUGGUGAUGUCGAGGCUUUCGGUGUGUUCCCAGAUUGGGAACGUGAGUUGGCCAAGUUCGCCUCCGUGCAAGAUCGUCUCCGUGAAUGGCAUCCUCGAGUGCGCGAGCGACUGAUCCGCCAUUCUUGUAUGAUCAUCGCAUCAUUGGAUAUUGAUGGUUUCCGAUACGAUAAGGCUACCCAGUCCACAGUUGACGCCCUGGGCGAUAUGUCGUCUGCUUACCGCGAGUGCGCGCGUGCCGUCGGAAAGGAAAACUUCUUUAUCGCAGGUGAAAUUACCGGUGGAAACACUUUUGGUGCCGUCUAUGUUGGACGUGGCAGACAACCCGAUCAAAUCUCACCGAGUCCGGACGACGCUAUGACAAUGAGUAAUGAGACUGAGGCACAGUAUUUCUUACGUGAUAUUGGCAGCGAAGCGAUCGAUGGUGCAGCCUUCCAUUAUUCAACCUACCGCGCUCUUACCCGAUUCUUGGGUAUGGAUGGAUCGCUUGCAGCUGGUUAUGAUACACCUGUCAACUGGGUUGAGGCAUGGAACUGGACUUUGCAGUCCAACGAUUUGGUCAAUGCCAACACAGGAAAAUUCGAUCCCCGUCAUAUGUUUGGUGCCACCAACCAAGAUGUUUUCCGAUGGCCUGCAAUCCAGUAUGGUGUUGAAAGACAGCUUCUGGGCUCCUUUAUCACCACCUUGCUGAUCCCUGGUAUCCCACUUACACUUUGGGGUGAAGAGCAGGCCUUUUAUAUUUUGGAUGCGACAGCUGAGAAUUACAUUUAUGGUCGGCAAUCUAUCUCUCCUGCGAAUGCCUGGAGGUCACACGGUUGCUUUGCGUUGAAUUCAUCGCAAUACUACCACUGGCCCGUCGAUGCUGGUCGUCAAGGUUGUCAUGAUGAGACGGUAGCCUACGAUCACCGUGACCCGACCCACCCAGUGCGCAAUAUCAUGAAGCACAUGUUCCAAAUGCGUGAAAUGUUCCCUGUUUUGAACGAUGGCUAUGUGAUGAGAAACCUGUCAAACCAGACAACGGAAGUUUAUUACCCUGGUUCUAAUGAUACGGCCACAGAAACGGGAAUGUGGUCAGUUGCCCGGUACAUCAACCCUGAGGUACAGGACCUAAGCAAUAACCAAUCCAUCUGGCUUGUCUAUCAAAACGUCAAUCGGACUAUGGAUUAUGAGUUCGAUUGCACAGAUUAUGAGACGUCCUUACUUGCUCCAUUUGCGACAGGAACCCGGGUGAAGAAUCUUUUCCACCCCUAUGACGAAUUGACGCUCGAGGACGGACCGGUCAAGCUGUACUUGAAUAACUCAAACUCACUCAAUGGUUGUUACCCGAACCUCACAUUAGCCGCAUACGAGUUCCGUGCAUACGUUCCCAUCGGAAGUUUCCAACAGCCCGGGCCCAUGAUGACCCAAUUCUCUCCCGGUCAUGAUUACCCUCUCCACUCCACUGUGGCACCCAAUGAGUCGGAAGAUGUGGAAAUCGAGCUCUACUUCUCCGAGCAGAUGAACUGCGACUCUGUCACAAACAGUCUGUCAUUCAAUUCGUCCACAGAAUUUGACAAGGACCCCACACUUAAUACAGCAAGUGUUCAAUGUUCAAACAUCACUGCCACUAGCACAACUUGGUCAGGCCAAAUUCCUAGUGUGUGGAAGUGGACAGCAAAUAUCACCGGUGUUUACAACGGAGUUCAUAGGUUAAACUUCAACAACAUUUCCAACUACUGGGGCAACGCGACUACUAAUUCGAAUGACCACUUCCUCUUCCGAAUUGGACAAAUCGAUAAUCCAAUGAUCUUCAAUACUGCGAAUUAUUCCAUCAGUUUGCUUCACCAGGAAGCGAGCAACGAUACUCUCUUCAUUCAGCAUCACGCUGCUGGUGCUGAUAAAUUCCGAUACUCGACGAACUGGGGAUCAAGCUUCUCUACCUGGAGAGACUACACCGGUGGAAAUGACACAAUUGAUCGUCUUGCCUGGUCAGGUACCAAAAAGCAAGAUUGGAAGGGUGAUCAUGUGCGUGUUGAGUACUGGAGUCGCUGGACCGGCAGCAGUGAUUAUGUGCAAGAGGGCGACGUGAACUGGGGAUCCACCACCCAGCGUCGCUUCCCCCAUGUCUUCUUCAACGGUCCCUAUAACGAAUACGGCUAUGACGCGGGCUUGAACAAUGUCAUGAACUUGGAUGAUAAUGAUGGAUUAUGGAAGUACCACUUCACAUCCGAAUGGCCUGCAGUUGGACAACUCAACAUUUGGGGCGUCAACCCCGACGGACAGCCAGAUCAGACUUGGGUUCUAGGUGAUGUUGAUUAUGAUAAUGUUCUGGAUCGCAUGCCUCCAUCUUCUCUUUCGGCUACACUGAUCAACAUCACCACGGCUCCCGACAAGGGAUACAUCUCCUGGAAACUUCAAAUCGAUGACGGUACUCAGCGUUACUCCCUGGUUGCUGCUGGAUCUCAAGCAAUCCAAAUCGCUAUGUUUGUACUCUUCUGGAUUGUACCUGUCUUGACCAGCUGCGGAUGUGUCUACAUCUUCAUGAAGUCCUUCUACAAAGUCAAGUUCAAUCAAGUUGGUGUUAGUGAGAAACGAAACUUGGCCCCAAUGGUCCUACUCCAGAAGUUCAAGCCAUUCAACAACUUGAUGAACGAUUCUAAUAAACUGUUCCGUCUGGGUGGUGCCAAGUCAGCAUUCAUGCAAAGCACAACGGCGCUAGGAGCUGCCGGCAUGGCCGACAAGCGGCGCAUGGUGCUCAUUGCCACCAUGGAGUACGAUAUCGAGGACUGGGCGAUUAAGAUUAAGAUCGGAGGUCUCGGUGUCAUGGCUCAGCUUAUGGGAAAGACUCUUGGCCAUCAAGAUUUGAUUUGGGUGGUUCCUUGCGUUGGGGGCGUUGACUACCCAGUCGAUCAAGUCGCAGAGCCCAUGACUGUGACUAUCCUGGGCAGUGCGUACCAAGUGCAAGUGCAAUACCACGUCUUGAAGAAUAUCACCUACGUUUUACUCGACGCGCCUGUCUUCCGUCAACAGUCAAAAUCCGAGCCAUACCCCGCUCGUAUGGAUGACUUGGACAGUGCGGUUUACUAUUCGGCCUGGAACCAGUGUAUCGCCGAGGCGAUUAAACGUUUCCCUAUUGAUCUCUACCACAUUAACGAUUACCACGGAUCGGUCGCUCCUCUCUAUCUCCUGCCUGAACGGACUAUUCCUGUUUGUCUCUCUCUCCACAAUGCCGAGUUCCAAGGUCUUUGGCCUAUGCGUACUGUUAAGGAGCGAAAGGAAGUAUGCGAAGUCUUCAACCUGGAAGAAGAAACAGCUCGCCGUUAUGUCCAAUUCGGAGAGGUAUUCAACUUACUUCACGCUGGAGCAAGCUACCUUCGUGUCCAGCAACAAGGUUUCGGUGCUGUCGGUGUCUCAAAGAAAUACGGAAAGCGAUCCUACGCUCGUUAUCCCAUUUUCUGGGGUUUGCGUAAGAUUGGCAAUCUGCCGAAUCCCGACCCCUCGGAUGUUGGUGAAUGGACAAAACAGCCUACCAAGGAGGAAGACAUCACAGUCGAUGCUCAGUAUGAGGCUGGCCGUGGUGAGCUUAAGCGACAAGCCCAAGAGUGGGCAGGUCUUGAGCAGAACCCUGACGCUGAUCUCUUGGUUUUCGUCGGCCGUUGGUCUAUGCAGAAGGGUGUGGAUCUGAUCGCUGACGCUAUGCCCGCCGUGAUGGAAGCGCGCCCUAACGUGCAGCUUAUCUGUAUCGGUCCUGUGAUUGAUCUGUACGGAAAGUUUGCGGCGCUGAAACUCGGUCGCAUGAUGGAAGUCUAUCCCGGACGAGUGUGCUCGAAGCCGGUCUUCACAGCCCUCCCGCCUUUUAUCUUCUCCGGUGCCGAAUUCGCCCUUAUUCCUUCUCGUGACGAGCCUUUCGGACUUGUCGCAGUCGAGUUUGGUCGUAAGGGUGCUUUGGGUAUUGGUGCUCGUGUUGGCGGUCUGGGUCAAAUGCCUGGUUGGUGGUACAACGUUGAGUCCACAUCUACGUCGCAUUUGCUUGUCCAGUUCAAGCUGGCCAUCGAUGCCGCGCUUAGCUCGAAGACUGACACUCGGGCUAUGAUGCGUGCACGAUCUGCUAAGCAGCGUUUCCCCGUGGCUCAGUGGGUGGAGGACCUUGAAAUUCUUCAAUCCACUGCGAUUCAAGUUCACAACAAAGAGAGCUCCAAGAGUCAUCAUCAAAGCAGUCGCCCUCACACUGGUAGAGAUAGCACCAGCAGAACACCAAGUGAAACCAUGGGAGGAUUGAAUCCCCUGGCUUCGCCAGGGUUGCAUGCUGGAUUCCCAAAUGGCAGGGACAGUGUCUACUCCAGCUUCAACCAGUCCACUGAUCUGGGCUCUCAAAAUCGCGAUAUCUACAGCCGUGAUGCGGGUCCUGAUACUGAAAAGCCAAAGUCUGGUCUUAGCCGAUCUCUUUCUCUCGGUGUGCGCUCGGGUCCUGGUCAUGUUGCAAACCGUCCGCGUCAGCCCAGCGAUGAUUAUUCUCACGAGGAUGACAGUGAAAUCGACCCGAUUGCCGAGGAAAGCAGCGACGAUAGCAAUGAAGAGUAUGUUCUCACCCGAGCCCAGCUUGAGGAAAGCAGACGCCUUCACGCCUUCCAACGACACGAACUCCAUGACUCGGUGAAUUCUCGAUACGGAUCCCCUCUCGCCAGCCCUGGAACACCACCAGCCGCUGACCAACUCCUCCUUCCUCCCCGUCCUCUCCAAGAUAGCCACAGAUUGAGCAGCGCGUCGGUCCUGUCCCUCGAUUCCGUGGUCGGCAACAAGAAAGACUUCAAACUUCAGAAGGUUGAUCCGUUCUUCACUGACGGAAACGGUGAAUACUACCACACCUUCGAACAAAAGCUGCGCGAUUUGAACGGAUCCAACUCCGAGGGUCCCCUGUGUAUCGAAGAGUUCCUGAUCAAGAGUGAGCAAGCCUGGUUUGACAAAUUCCGCAAUGCCAAACUGGGUCGCCACAAGUCGCCCACACCUUCCGUCCACCGUGGCAAGCAUAAUGAGUCCCCGUCUCCAUCCUACAACGAGGAGGCCUUGACCCAUGUUGCCGAUAGUGUCGAUGGCGACGACUGGGACGAUGAAUUCCUUCUCGGAAGGGACUAUGUCCCUCCAACUGGACUGAGAAAAUGGAUGCAGAUCAAGAUCGGCGAUUGGCCGGUGUACUCGAUCUUCCUCGCUUUGGGCCAGAUCAUUGCCGCGAACUCUUACCAAAUUACCUUGCUUACGGGCGAAGUGGGUGAGACUGCCGAAAAGCUGUAUGGUAUCGCCACUACUUAUGCCAUUACCUCUAUUUGCUGGUGGCUCGUGUACCGGUACUUCAAGUCUGUGGUCUGUCUUUCUAUCCCAUGGUUCUUCUAUGGUCUUGCCUUCCUCUUGAUUGGUUCCGCCCACUGGGAAGUCAACUCAUUCAACCAAGGAUGGAUUCAAAACAUCGGAAGUGGAUGCUACGCAGCAGCUUCAUCCAGCGGGUCUAUCUUCUUUGCCUCGAACUUCGGUGACGAAGGUGGUGCGCCUGUUGAGACAUGGAUCUUCCGCGCAUGCGUUAUUCAGGGUAUUCAACAGGCAUAUGUUAUUGCUCUAUGGUACUGGGGAUCGACUCUGAGCAAGGCCUCUAGUCAGGGUCUUUUGACAUCAGACAACACGAUCGCCAGUACAUGGAAGAUGACUGCCAUCUGUUACCCGAUUGCCAUUUUCCUCUGGUGUGUGGGUCUGCUCCUUGUUUUCGGACUCCCCGACUACUACCGCCAGAAGCCUGGCAAGGUCCCCUCAUUCUACAAGUCCCUCUUCCGCCGGAAGAUCGUUCUUUGGAAUUUUGUAGCAGUCAUCCUACAGAAUUUCUUCCUCAGCGCACCGUAUGGCCGCAACUGGAGCUUCCUAUGGACUUCCAUUCACACCAAACCCUGGGAAAUCGUCAUCCUCUGCAUCGUAUUCUUCGGAAUAGUUUGGUGCAUGUUCCUAUACAUUGUCAGCCGUUUCUCCAAAAAGCACAGCUGGUUCCUUCCUGUCUUCGCUUGCGGUCUCGGUGCGCCUCGUUUCAUUCAGAUUUGGUGGGGUGUCUCCGGUAUUGGAUACUACCUUCCAUGGGUUGGUGGCUACACCGCUGGAGCCCUUGCAUCGCGGAGUCUGUGGUUAUGGCUUGGCGUUCUUGACUCCAUCCAGGGUCUUGGAUUUGGUAUCAUCUUAUUACAAACAUUGACCCGCGUACAUAUGUGUUUCGCACUCAUGGCGUCCCAGGUGAUUGGUUCUAUCGCUACAAUCUGCGCUCGGGCAUUCGGUCCUAAUGGCCUUGGUCCCGGUCCUAUCUCUCCAGAUAUGACACAAGGUGCCCAUGCUCUAGCAAAUGCUUGGUUCUGGGUUGCCUUGUUUUGUCAGAUUCUGAUCUGCGCGGGAUUCUUGCUCUUCUUCCGGAAAGAACAGCUAUCUAAACCCUAA